ACUGGAGGACAGAAAAGAAGAGGGCUAAUAGGGAGACCCUCCUCGUGUUCACUCUUUCUGGAGCUUAAAGCGAUGUUUUGAGCUCCUCCAGAGCAUGUGAGAGCUGGACCAGGAGGACUGCGGGUUAGAGAUCAUGUCUGGAGCAGAUUCUGAUGAUGACAGAGCCUUUAAGGACCUGAAUGUCGUGGGAAUGCUUCACAAGUUCUGGGAGCAGAAACAAGCAGCAGGCGUGAUGAUGGAGAUAGAGAAUCUGGUAGUGUAUGAGUCCAUUCCUUCACCCAGUCCUCCAUUCAUAUGCUACGUCACAUUACCAGGUGGCAGCUGCUUCGGCAAUUUCAAGCACUGUUACAGUAAAGCCGAGGCCAGACGUGACGCAGCUCGUGUCGCUCUGAUGAACUCCACGUUUAAUGAGCUGCCCUGCCGCCGGAUCACUCCUGAGUUCAUUUCACACAGCGUCAAAGAGGCCGUCAGCACUACCAGCGGUAACAUCGCAGACGCGUCUGACCCCAGUACCAGCAUAGGAGCGUACUGCCUCAUGUUGGAGCUCAACACUGGGAAAACCAUGCUGGAAUUUCAGGAAAUAAUGACAGUGUUUCAACUGCUGCACUGGAACGGUACUCUGAAGGCUUUUCGGGACAUGAGAUGCAGUCGUCAGGAAGUGAUCCAGUACUACUCUCAGCAGCGUCUGGACGAGCGCACGCGCAGCCACAUGGCACUGGACUGGUUACAGAAGGAGCUUCAGUCACCCGGCCUGCUGUCCCAGGAGCUGCAGCUGGCUGUGAAGGAGCUCGGGGAGGCACGGAGAACCGGCAGGGAGCUCCGCUUCUACAAGGAGAAGAAAGAAAUCCUCAGUUUAGCUCUCAGUCAUGCUGACGCCGAGGACCUGGAGGAGGAAAUGUCCUGGAGAGAAGCAACUGAGUUUGACUGUUUUGAGGAAAGGAGGACCGAUACGAAUGAAAGCUGUCAGUUUCACUCUCAGGGCAGUGAUGGAGAAUCGCUGGAGUGAAAUUUGUGAGAAGUUAUGUAUAUAAUGUACAUGCUGCACUUUUUCAAAAUAGGCCUGCUUUUGAUAAGUAUUUCCUAUGGUGUGAGUAUAACUUUUUAGGACUCUUAUUUUGUAAUGUGCGCCAUGCAGAAGUGCGCUCGUUUUUGCAACUGUUUUAAAAACUUCCGAUUCAGUUUGCCUACGGGAGAAAUGGCAGAAAAUGACCAAACUACUUGCUCUGCAAACAAGUGUGUUCAUGACUGUACAUAAAAAGUAGAAUAACCCAUUAAGGAAAACAUUUGCAACAU